CGUCAGCUUUUGCGCUCCUGAGAUGCUGCUUGGCCUGAUGUGUUCAUGCAGCUUCACACUUUGUUAUCUUGGAUUCUCCAGCAUCUGCAGUUCCCAUUAUCUCGGAAACCAAGAAGGAAACGAGUUCACAAAACCAGAAAGCUCAGUACAGCUGUGUACCCUCUGGAAAUCCAAAGGUUCACAGUCUCUGUUUAAGGACUCAAGCCCAUACUUUUCGCGAGUGAAGGUGCGAGUUUCAGUUCAGCGUAUCCUUAUCAUUGUUACUUGGGGUGGGAGUGGGGAGAGGGGAGCAGUGAAACUCACUGUAUGAUCCCUCACCGCCCAAUGAGAGAGAAACCAGGCUGACAGUGUGUACCGACCGGCAGCGUUUGCUGUGGUUCAGCUCAUAAGGCGCCUCUAACGACAAGGUUCACGUUCUGGCUGAGGGUGGGGACAGCAUGAGGAGGAGCCGAGCCCCGACGCGAAGCUGCCGAGCAGUUUGCCACAUUCCCAGCCCCACACUGCGCUGUUUGCAAUCUCACAACCCGGCGACCCUGCAUCAGUUGAAGAACAUUGCUUGGAAUGAAAAAAAUAACAGUGGAGAACUGGGGAAAAUCUGCAAACAACAAUGGCAGAAUUCACCAGCGGAGAUCACGUUUUCCCACCCAUUGAAUAUUUCUUACUUUUAUUUAGCAGGGACUGCUCCUAAGAGUAGAAAAUUCUUGUCAAUAGGGAUCUCAACGGUCAAACGAGUGAGAGAAAACUACUUGAUGGGCACACUUCAGUCCAUUUUUGAGAGGUCUAGCUAUGAAGAGCUGGAACAGAUGGUGGUGGUGAUUUAUCUUGCUGAUUUUGACGUGUCCUGGAAUUUAAAGACUGCUGAAGAGAUCAAAGCCAAGUUUACAUCACAUAUCAGUGCAGGACAUCUACUUGUCAUUCAGUGUUCAAAGCACAUUUAUCCAAGACUAGUGGGUCUCAAGAGAAAUUACAAUGACCCUCAAGAGAGAGUUCAAUUCAGGUCAAAGCAGAAUGUGGAUUAUGCUUUCCUGGUCAAUUUUUGUUCUGAACUGUCUGACUACUACUUAAUGUUAGAGGAUGAUGUUUUUUGUGCUAAAAACUUCCUUUCCUCCAUGAAGAAGUUUAUCAACGUGAGUAAGGGCUCAUCAUGGACAACUCUAACCUUCUCAAAGUUGGGUUACAUUGGGAAACUCUACCACAGUGUUGACCUUCCCAAACUGGCCAGGUUCCUGCUGAUGUUCUACGAUGAGAUGCCUUGUGACUGGCUAUUAGAACUCUUCCACAGGUCCAAGGCCCAACCCAAUGAGAUGAGAUUCAAGCCAUCCCUCUUCCAACACAUGGGCACAUACUCAUCAUUUCAAGGUAAGCACAACAAGCUGAAAGAUGAUGAGUUCCAGGAGCAUAUGGGUAGUUUGCCUGAUAAUCCCCCUGCAUUGGUUUUCACUAAUAUCCCAGUUUAUGAGCAGUAUUUGCCUGCCAAAGCUUAUGAAUUAGGAGUUGGUCAAUUCUGGGGUAAGUCCCUAAAGGAGGGAAACUACUUCCUGAUUGUCUUUGAGCACCCAGUUAAGGUCAGUAAAAUCUGUGUUUUGACUGGAUCUCCUGAACACAAGGGGGAUAUUCUCCGCUCUGGGAUCCUGCAGGUGGGAAGAGAUAAGGCAACAGUAAAUGAUCAUCAGGGCUGCAAAACAUAUAGUCAGCUUGGCACAUUUGACGCAGGCAAGUUUGAAAUGGAAAAUGUUACAAACCAUUUCUCUGAGGCAAUGGAAUGUGUACGUGUGCUGGUGACAGAGGAUCAGACAGACUGGCUUAUCAUUUCUGAGGUGAAAAUUUGGAUUGAAAAGGAGAAAUAAUGUUCUUCCCCUCUCUUUGAGAUAUUUCUGCCUUAUCAUGCAUUGCCCAAGAGUUUGUAAUGUAGCAUCUUCAAUGACAGGCAAGCUUUUGCCAUAAUGCUGUAUCUCACUGGAUAACACUGUAACCUGAGAAUCCAAAGGUUGUGGGUUCAAGUCUAGUUCUGGAGGUGUGAUUGCAUAACCCAGGUGGACACUCCUUUGCAGGACUGAGGGAGCGCUGCACUAUUGAAGGUGCUGUCUUUUGAAAGAGGUACGAAAGUCCCCGACUUUCUUCUCUUCCCAGGGCCACUAGGGGAAUGCAGAGCAAGUGGAUUAGUUUGAACUGUUUUAUCCAGCAGUCAGCACUGGUAUGCUGGGUUGAACAGCAAGUGUGUUAGAAACGUGUUUAGUUCUAAUGACACUUUUACACCCAUUCAUCUAGACUAUAGAUGCACCUAUCUAACUAAAUCAUACGAAACUCCUACAUCGUGGGCUGAACCCUGUGCUGUACUGUUCUAUGUUCUAUCUCUUUUGGUAAUUGUAAAUAUUCAGUGAAAACUGAAAAGUUUUGCAAUUCUUCUAAUAUUCCACCAGAGGACAGCAUAAGCCAGCAAAUAAAACAGCAGCAGGUGCAUCUUCUCAUGCAGAAGGAUCAUUCUUGCCUUUCAUUUUUUAAAAAAAAUGUACAGAACCCUUUAUACAGUUCUUGAAGCUUCUAAGAAUCAUGACCAGAGCCAGAUUGUUGACUUAUGGCAGUGUCAACAAUUAGUCAUAUCCAUUGACUGUCUACACCAGCUGACUUCGUAGUGCACUUUGGUCUAGGCAUCAAAACGUUGUGGGUUCAAUUCUCACUUGAGUCUUGACCACAAAAUAAUAGCUAAUACAGUGGUGUAGUACAGAAAGAGAAAAUCCUCUCAGGUAAAUGUCCAAGAUUCCAUGACUACUAUUUCAAAGAAGAACAAGGCAGUUAUCCCCAGUGUCCUGGCUAAUACCAAUCUUUUAAUCAUCGUUGAUUAUUAUUGAUUAUCAAUAUUAAUCAAUAAAGAUUAACUGGUAGUUUCCACUUUGCUGUUUUGAGGAAGUAAUUGUGCACAAAUUUCCUACAUUUUAUACUAAUCACACUUCAAAAAAAGUUAAUUAUUUGUAAAAUACUUUACAUGUUAGCAGAAAAUAUAUUCUUCAAGACUCUCUCACUGAGACUUCAAAAUGGCUAUGGUAAAUCAUUGCCCUUGAACAUUACUUUCUUUUGAUUCUAAUUUCUGGAUUUUGUUGUCAUAUUUUUCAGUGAUUUGCAUUUUAA